ACCUCCCUCUCGAUUUUUCUGAUCCCGUGUUGGCGGGUCGAUUGCGCAAUUCCCCCGUCCGCCUUCAUACCCUGCUCGGCGGCCCGGAUAAGAUAACGCCCAUCUGCACGGGCACGAGAAGCGUUCGAACUCCUCCCACCGGCAGCCAUGGCCACCGCCACCGCCACCACCUCCCCGCUCUUCUCCCUCUCCUCCCUCUGCGCCUCCCUCCCUUCCCCCACCCGGAUCCCCACGUCUCUCUCGCUCCGUGCCCUCUCCCCACGUGCCCGUCUCUCUGCCUCCCUUCCUUUCGCCUCCCCACUCGGCGGGUACGGGACCUGGGCGGCGACUUCAACGUCGUCCGCGGGAAGGUUGAGACGGCGGGGGCUGGAGGUGGUGUGCGAGGCCACGACAGGGCGGCAGCCGGACUCGGUCAAGAAGAGGGAGCGCCAGAACGACAAGCACCGCAUCCGCAAUCACGCGCGCAAGGCCGAGAUGCGCACCAGGAUGAAAAAGGUCUUAAGAGCUCUUGAAAAGCUUAGGAAGAAACCUGAUGCCCAACCUGAAGAAAUAAUCGAAAUAGAGAAAUUGAUCUCUGAGGCAUACAAAGCCAUCGACAAGACAGUGAAGGUUGGUGCCAUGCAUAGGAACACCGGGAACCAUCGUAAGUCUCGACUGGCGAGGAGGAAGAAGGCCAUCGAGAUACUCCGUGGUUGGUAUGUUCCAAAUGCUGAGCCUGUCGCCGCCACCUAGGAUUCUUGAGAAAUCACUAUCAUGGAUUCGUGGCAGCUUUUCAUCAAAUUUCACCAAUUUUGGGCAACAUAUGCUAUUCAAGGAUCUCGACAGCUUGCCAAGUUCUCUAUUGAAAUGGUCUGUUCAUACCUUUUCUGCUAUCUUCUAUGUCUAUGCGCUUGCUCUGUAUUAGCAGUUAAACUACUGACUAGAGUGGCCACCUCUUCUCCCCCCGUUUCUGUUGUUGUUCACUUCAUUGUUGUAAAACUAAAGUCAGAAAAAUUUAAAUAUAGCUGUUCUCUGGUGUGUCCAGAUUUCUUCAGCUGGACAAAAUAUAUUACUCCAUUACACA